UCCCUCCGGGGGAGGGGACUGGGUUGACAGUAAUGCCAUUUGUCCUGGCUCUGGGAUUAGGUGCAGCCGUGGUAAGUGAGGAGUGUGCGGCCGUCAGGACACAAGAGGAAGAGGAGUCACAUAGCCACCUCCUGAGCUCCGCCUUAGCCCUGUGGGCCACAUGGAGUGAGUGUCAUGCGACAUCCCAAGGCUUGCCCAGGAUCCUCUGGUCCAUUGCUCAGACCUCCAAGGAGACCCUGACGCCCUGGGGCACUUCUGCUCUGUACAGGACCACGAGGGGGUUUGCCAUGGUGACAUAAAGGGGCGCAGAGGAAGGAAGGAGUGUGACCAGCCUGCGGACUGCACCCCUGGCUGGGAGGAAGGGCCAGGGGCCCAGAUCCUCCCCUCCCACUGCCCACCAAGGGCCUCACUUCCCAAGUCUCUGUGAAUUUCUUGGUCAGUGGACAACUCUCGUGUCUCCUGUGUGGGGCCUUGGGGUACCCAGGGCAGGCUGGGCUCUGGUGGCCGAGGUCUCAGGGCCAGAAUGCCUGCCCUGGCGUGCCUCCGGAGGCUGUGUCGGCACGUGUCCCCACAGGCUGUCCUUUUCCUGCUGUUCAUCUUCUGUCUGUUCAGCGUUUUUGUCUCGGCCUACUACCUAUAUGGCUGGAAGCGGGGGCUGGAGCCAUCGGCCGAUGCCCCUGAGCCUGACUGUGGGGACCCGCCACCCGUGGCCCCGAGUCGCCUACUGCCACUCAAGCCUGUGCAGGCAGUUGCCCCUUCCCGCACGGACCCGUUGGUGCUGGUGUUUGUGGAGAGCCUCUACUCACAACUGGGCCAGGAGGUGGUGGCCAUCCUGGAGUCUAGCCGCUUCAAGUAUCGAACAGAGAUUGCGCCAGGCAAGGGUGACAUGCCCACACUCACAGACAAAGGCCGUGGCCGCUUCGCCCUCAUCAUCUAUGAGAACAUCCUCAAGUACGUCAACCUGGAUGCCUGGAACCGGGAGCUGCUGGACAAGUACUGUGUGGCCUACGGCGUGGGCAUCAUUGGCUUCUUCAAGGCCAAUGAGAACAGCCUGCUGAGUGCGCAGCUCAAGGGCUUUCCCUUGUUCUUGCAUUCGAAUCUGGGCCUGAAGGACUGCAGCAUCAACCCCAAGUCACCACUGCUCUAUGUGACGCGGCCCAGCGAGGUGGAGAAGGGGGUGCUGCCUGGGGAGGAUUGGACCGUGUUCCAGUCGAACCACUCCACCUAUGAACCAGUGCUGCUGGCCAAGACACGCUCGUCCGAGUCCAUCCCAGCCCUGUUUGAUACGCAGAAUGAGCUACGUACACACAUCCCAAACUUCACCUUCAACCUGGGCUACUCAGGGAAAUUCUUCCACACAGGUUACUGA